CUACUUCAGUCAAACUAAACCGUCGUACUUACAACAAAUAAGUGAACACGUGUGCUCUACAUACGAACUUUAAAAAAAUUGCCAGUCUUCUCAACGUCGUUUAAUAAAACCGAAUAUCUAGCGAAAAAUAUUUAAUAAUUAUAAAACGUUCGAAUUCACAAAAUAGUGGUGCUACUACAUUAUACUAUAACUCUUACUACGUUAGUCUAUCAAGGAGCCACCAAAUUAGAUAAAAAAAUGAAACUUUUGUGUAUUUUAAUAUCAUUUGCAUUGGUUGGACAUGUUUUUGUCACUCAAUUAGAUGAAUAUGUUAAAGAGGUUCUCAUAACAAACGAUCACAUCAAACUUGCAGAAAGUAGCAUGCCGACAAUAAUUAAAAAUAUUGUUCAAAAAGCUAAUGUAUAUGGGAUGGUGCCAAUGGUUUAUAUGAUGGCGGUGCCGGAGAAAAUUUAUUCUGUAUUGUUAAUAGAAGAAAGUGACCACUCAGAUUCUGAUGAAAUUGAAAAUCCGUUGAUAGAAGCAUCCGCUGAGAAUCUAAGUGAAGACUCUAUUCCUUUGGAAGGCAUGGAAGAAAAGUUGGAGUUCCAGAAAAUGAUGCAAACGGAAAUCAGUGCCGAAGCACACAUCGAUGCACCAACAGUAAAUUUAGAAAAUUUAUUCAGUCUUUUAGAACAUAGAAGACGUCAUACUUCACUAGCACUAAGACAUAGAAUCACCCGUGCAUGCCUGAUUUGUAUGGGAAUUGCAAGAAGAGAAAUGACUUUAGAAGCUAUAAAAUCAUUAAUACGUCAAAACGAUCCACUUUUCUCGGAUUUUAUCAUGAUGUGUCGUUUAAUGGGAGUAUUCAUAAGUAUUAAAUAUCCAGAUUUAUAUAUUGAAACUGCUCAUGUUAACGGAGUAUUAUGCACUCUAACAAAUGAAGAUUUCGAGGUAACGCACGUGUAUAAAAUCAUUGAUGGUGCAGUUUGGCAAGUAGAUCGAGAUCCCGACGAUCCCGAUCAAAUUAGGCCUUUUUUAUCCGAGUUAGAAUAAUCUGGACCAGCAAUUAUAGUAAUAACUUCAUUUAAAGUGACAAUUUUCCAAAUCGUCACAAAAAAUUGAAUGUAUUUAAUAAUAAACAAUUUUUAUCACGAUUAUAAAAAAAUUUUUUGCUCAUUUUUUGUAUUUAAAUUGUUUUUUUAAAAAUAAUUUUUUGCUUAUUAAGAAUAUAUUAUUAUAGAGUCGUAAACAUUCCCAUAUUUUAAAUAGAACCUCAUUAAAGCCAAUUAAAAGUUGAUAAAAUGUCGGUAUCCUAAGGAAAACUGUUGCCGAUGCUCGUAUAAAUCAUAAAAAUUAACAUCAAAUAUUUGUCCAGGAAAAAAUAAUAGUAAAAAGUGAACUAAAAAGUAAAAAAAAAUUGUAUUACAAGAACAAUUUACCAAUAUAUUGUAGCACAUUUUAUUUAAAAUGUCAAUUACUUUGUAAACAACCGAAAAUUAACUACAAUUUUAAAUAAUGUUAAACAUCUUUAAUUUUUGACUAAAAAGAAAAGCGUGGGCCCUAUUCAACAAAGUCCAAAUUCAUUGAGUUAAGUAUUAUGAAAUGUAUGUGUCACACACAAAUAUUAAACUAAAUUUAAAUUACAAAAGAACUUGCAAUAUAAUUUAUUUAGGGACUUUGUAGACAGUUAAACAAACAAAUCGGUUGUUGCUUUGCUCACGAACAUACUAUACACCUAUUAACCAUCUUCUGAUACUUAAAGUACUGAAAAGUUAUUGUAUUUUAAAAUAAUGUGUUCUUAUUUUUAUUUUUGCGUCUCAACCCACAAUAU